UCAAACUGCAGUUUGAAAACUUUAGACCUCAGCAAUAAUAACUUAGAAGGAAAAGUUCCAAGAUCCCUGCAAAGAUGUGCAUUACUGGAGGUUUUGGACAUUGGAAACAACAAGAUUAGAGAUACAUUCCCAUGUAUGUUGAAAAAUUACCCAGUUUGCACGUCCUAGUCCUAAGGUCGAACAAGUUUUAUGGAGAUCUCCAGUGUCGUAUAGCUAAUCAAACAUGGCCGAAGCUUCAAAUUGUAGCUAUUGCUUCCAACAAUUUCAGGGGAGCACUGCUACCACAUUACUUCUCGAGCUUGGAAGGCAUGAUGAAGAGCAGAAAUCCAGAGCCACGACUACACUACUUGGAAGUUGAAUUCAUCAACUGUGGCCUCUACUAUCGAAAUAGAGUGACUUUAACUCUCAAAGGUCAGGAGAUGGAGAUUGAGAAUAUUCUUAAAGUUUUUACAUCCAUUGAUUUCUCCUGCAACAACUUUGAAGGAGAGAUACCAGAGGUAUUGGGAGAUCUCAAAUUGCUUUACCUUCUUAACUUAUCGCACAAUGCUUUGACAGGAAGAAUACCAAAGGCCCUCGGAAAGUUGACUCAGCUUGGAUCCUUAGAUCUUUCGGUAAACCAGUUAAGUGGGAGAAUUCCAGACGAGCUCGCGAGUCUCACAUUCCUUUCUUUCUUGAACCUAUCUUUCAAUCAACUUUCCGGUAGGAUUCCAAGUGGCAACCAACUUCAGACAUUCUCAGCAGAAUCCUUUGAAGGGAGCACAGGGCUGUGUGAUUUUCCGCUGAAGAAACUGUGCAGUGACACCAAAAUGCAUGGAUCGUCACAACCCAGAAGCCAUUCUGACGAUGAAACAGUUGAUGGGAAAUAUAUAAGUUUUGCAUUGGGAUCUUCAUUGUGUUUUGGCAUCGUUACCUGGCUGCUUUUGCAUAGCACAAGAUACAAUGAGCUCUUUGACAGACUUCUUUUCAGAAUUUUUGGUGAGCGGGCAGAAAUAGAAACAGAAGGAGGUCAAGCGACCAUGGCAAACGGAUAUCUGAAGUGCCAAAUUCUAAAAGUUGUUCCCAAGCUGACAUGA